AAGAAACGACGCCGGUUUGGUCUUUUGGAAGUCAACAGUCAACACCAUUUCAAAACCCCCAAUCUGGAGGAGAACCACAUCGACCCACCAAUGGAGUCAUACUCCGGCGCCGGUGGUGUUCCGGCUCCGCUAGCAAUCGUAGCAUGUAUCGGCAUGACUAUCUUGUACGUCGCAAUCCUCUACUCUCCCACAUUAAUCCUCCGUCUCCCACCCCCUUCAUCUUUCAAAACCUUCAUGAUCCGACGGUUCAUUUGCGCCGGUAUCUCCACCGUCGUUUCACUUGUUGUCUGCGCCUUUAUUCUUCCUAUAAAGAGGUGGAACAUGUCCUACUUGCUUAGUGCUUAUGGUAUCCGUCUACACCACACGUGGGAAGCCGUGGUUUUUCCUCUUUGCCUGACUUCGUUAACGUAUAUCGGCUCGUUUAUCCUCAAAAUUUUAUCAAUUUGGAGCUCGUGGGCCGAACAUGGGGACCGACAGAUAGAUAUAUCAUUUCAUGGCUUAAAGAGUGGUCUUCAAAACCUCAUUAACUGGAUGGUUUCAGCUGUUUACGAUAUUUCAGUUUGGAGAAUGUAUAUUGUGGCUCCUCUGACGGAAGAGUUAGUUUUCAGAGCUUGUAUGAUAUCUUUACUUCUAUGUGGAGGAUUUAAAGCAUAUACAGUAAUACUUCUCUCUCCUGUUCUUUUUAGCCUAGGUAAGUCCUACAUUUUUCUAGCAUUUUAAAAAACAGAAUUCAUG